CGCGCGUGGUCGGUUCGGGUGUGGGUGUCCGUUCUCUUGAGUCGAUCCGGGUUAGGGGAUCUUACAGCUUAGUGGAGGCACGGGGAGGCCCAUUACAAGCCCCUUCAGUUGCAGUCCUUAAAGUAUUCUCUUCCGAAAAUAACACGCGAGAGAUGAUCGGUGGAGCAGAAGAUGAUCAAUGGAGCAUAACGCUAGAUUAUUGGUGAGGGAAAGUGCUGCAGUGGUUAAUUUCAACCAAGUGAUGAGCAAUUGAGAGCGUUUUAUAACUAAGUGCCGAAGCUCUAGUGGAUCAGAUUGUUUGUAUAUUCCAAACUAGUGAAAAAUAUAUUUAAAAAAUCAAAUUGUUUGGAGAAAAAUGGCAGAUCAAUCGCCAUUAAACGAUUCAUUCAGCAAAUUUACGGCUGCUGCAAACGCCAGUGUGGAGAUGCUUGUGCAAGCCAAUUCAACAACCAGCACUCCUUCUGUAUCGCACUCCUUUGCGAAACCGUGUCACAUCCUGAUCGGAUUAUCGUACCUGUUUGGCUGUGUCGGAAACCUGAUUGCCCUCAUCUACCUCCUGAACCGGAAAAACGUACGGAAUACCAAGCAUUCGUUAAUGUUAAAAUGUUUGCUGACAAACGACCUAAUUGGAUUAACCGGCAUGUUUGCCCAGAUGUACUUGCAAACCUUUCUGCCGAAGGAGAUCAUCGAGGAGAAUAUGCAUCAUUUCUGCAUCUUCCGGGUGAUUUGGCGCGUGUUUGGCAUCAGCUCCGGGUGCGUCGCAUUCGUCAUGGCCCUCGAGCGCUACAUUGCGCUGACCAAGCCGUUCUUCUAUCACAAGCAUGUGUCCGAUAAGAUGAUACGAAGAUCGAUUUUCCUGCUCUGGGCAGUUGGGGCGUUCUUCACCUUUCUGCCGCUGUUCGGCUUCGGGAUCUACUACGAUGAGACGAAGCAGACCUGCAUCAGGUACCGGGACGCCACGGAACCCACCGAUGUCGCCUACGCCUAUCUGUUUUUUGCGGUCGGAAUAAUCCUGUGCACCGGUAUUGUCAUUUGCAAUCUCAGCGUUCGGAAGGUCCUGUACCGGUCUCAUCACAAAAUGAGCCGCCAGUUUCGGUCGAUUCAACCGGUCCCGAUGCUGGAACGUUCAACCAGUCGGACGCUUCCCGCAAAGUCGGCCAGCUUUGCCGACUCUUCCAUCUUCCGAAUGAUCGGGGAACCCACCACCGAGGAAAUUCGAUUCGCCAAGCUAAUGACGUUCCUGAGCAUUAGUUUUCUGGCCUGUUGGCUGCCUCAAAUGAUCUCAAUUCUCCUGAUACAGUUGCUGAGACCAGAAUUGAAGGCCCGAUUCAGCUGGUUCUUCCGUUUGUCAGACAUUUUGAUCCUGCUGCACUUCAUGCUCGAUCCGUACAUCUACGUGCUGCUGCGCAAAAGUGGCCGAAGCGAUCUGCGAACCAUGAUCCGGUAUGUGUUCAGUCGGAAUCAGUUCAACCUUGUGGAAACGGCUGUAGCACCCAUUCACAAAACGAUCAACUCGUCGCCACUUCCCUAAAAAAAAACAAAAAAAAAUCUCAGCACCGAAGCUAACCUCAAAGACAUUUUCGCUGUACUUAACAAACAAAAAAAAAACAGGAUGUGGGAAUCCCAUUCCAACCAUGUUCCGAAAUCGAACCAAAGCUUUAUCACACUCAAGAAUCUCUGUAUCCCCUUGUAUUACCGUAGGUUGGUGUGGCCAUCACGAAAACCUGCCGGCGGGGAAAGAGGACGAGACACAUGCACUACUACGGAUACCAGCGAUUGAAGGUUGUUCGAGAAGAUUUCGAAAGAUGUGAAUCAUCAAUUCAUUGAUACUGACACAUCAGGUUAAAACUCAUAUUCCGGACGAGAUGGAAUCUGUCCAGAGGGAUAUUUAUUUUUUGAUAUACAAUUCUCUGCACAGAUAUUAACAUAUACAAAUAUUUGUAAAAUCACUUUUGGAGCGAUUUGAAAAAGAAAGAUUCAAAUCGAGCCUAAGUAGCAUAGUAAGUUCUGAAUGUGAUGAAACAUGUUGUCCAACAACACAACUCUGCAACUCAGUUACCGAAUAA